CCAAAAUGUCCAGUUAGAAGAAUUUAGCAUUCUGCAAAAGAAGUUAGCAGCUGAGGAGGAAACAUUCUGAAAUGGAGCCCAAGUAUUUCAUCUUAAUUUUGUUUUGUGGACACCUGGAUAACACAUUUUUCUCAAAGACAGAGGCAAUUACAACAGAAAUACAGCCACAGCCUACCUUAUUUAGAUCAUCAGUGUCACAUGUCUCGGCUAAUUCUCAAAACACCACAAGGAAUCCUUCAAGUCAAUCAACACAAUUCAACAACAUUUCUUCUGGACAGCCAACAUCAUCUGCCAAAGUUGUUGGUGAACAACCACCACCAGCUGUCCAUGCCUCUUCUGGGAAACCAGCUGCACACACUUCUGCUGGACAACCACUUGCCUAUAACAUCACCAAAUCACCAAUACCAACGGUCAAUACUUCCUUCCAGCAAACAGUACUACCUGUGUUCACCUCUGCCAGACAAACACCACCAUCUGCCCAUACUUCUACCAGAAAAUCACCAACAUCAUUUGUCUAUACUUCCACUCAACAACCAUCGUUAUCUGUCCACACCCCUUCUAGAAAACCAGUACCACCAACUGUUCAUAAUCCAUCCACAGAACCAACAUCAAUUAUCAAAAAUUCACCUAGGGGUACACCAGGAUUCAUCUUCGAAACUAUCAGUAACAAAGAAACCUCACAUAAAACCAAUUCUAGUUCAACAGCUGCCAUAUUAAUUGGUAUAAUUCUGACUUCUAUGUUGGUGGCGAUACUCAUGAUUGUAGUAUGGAAAUGCUUGAGAAAACCAGUUUUAAAUGACCAAAAUUGGGCAGGUAGGUCUCCAUUUGCUGAUGGAGAAAUCCCUGACAUAUGUAUGGAUAACAUUAGAGAAAAUGAAGUAUUCGCAAAACGUACAUCAAUUGUUUCACUUACGACCUGGAAACCCAGCAAAAGCACACUUUUAGGAGACGACUUGGAAAUUAAGUUGUUUGAAUCAAGUGAAAACAUUGAAGAUUCCAACAACCCCAAAACAGAGGAAAUAAAAGAUCAAGUAAAUGGUACAUCAGAGGAUAGUGUGGGUGGAUCAACAAUUGGCACAGCUGUUUCUUCUUCAGAUGAUACAGAUCUGCCUCCACCACCUCCCCUUGAUUUGGAAGGACAGGAGAAUAACCAAUCUGACAAACCCACAAUGACAACUGUAUCUCCUCUUCCAAAUGAUUCUACCAAUUUCCCUCCAUCUCUGGACUGUCUCAAUCAAGCCUGUGAAGACCAUAAAUCUGAGAUCAAACCAUCAUUUCCACCUUCCCCCGACUCACUUAACUUGCUCCAGCCGCCAGUGGAUUUUAUGAAAAAUCAGGAAGAAUUCAACGUUGAGAUUCAGAGUCAGGAGUUCUCUAUUCCUCCUGACUCUGAUCAAGAUCUUAAUGAAUCUCUGCCACCUCCACCUGCAGAACUGUUAUAAAUUUUACAAAGUGCUUUUAAGCUGAUCUUCCAUUCUUAAAUGACUCCAUCUUUUGUUUUUCUUUAUAUAAUGAGAUAUAUAAAAUGGCAACUGGUAGUCAAUUUUGAUUUUUAUUCAGGAACUAUGUGAAAUCUGCUCAAAGCCCACGUGCAUAGGUGGAACUUUUUUUUAAAAAAAAGUUAUUUAACAGUGAUCUAUUUACCAGUUACCGUACUUGUCUUUAAAAUAUAGUACAUUUUACAUAUGUGGAUGGUAUACAUGUCAAUAACUUAACCAUUCUGAAACAAGCAAUCUACAUAUACUUGUAUUACCCAAUAGAUAUU